GAUAGUCAUCACAGCUAAACUUCCAGCCAAACUUAGCCUUGUAGAGGGAGAAGUAUCCUAUUGGGUAGAGGCAGGGAAUAGAAACAUGUGCAAGAUGAUAUAGCCUACAUAACUAUUUCGCACAGGAGAGCUUAGUACAGACAGCAAAGUUAGAGAGAGAAAAAUGGUAUUAAUUCAGUUAUCAUCCCUAGUCUCAGAAUUGUCGCAUGGACAGGCUUUCUUAGGUCUGUGUAGUUUAUUUAUUUCCCUUAUUGUUAUUUUGCUGAUCCGACAGCUUGUGAAGCAGAGGAGACCCCGAGGAUUCCCUCCUGGACCGUCACCUAUCCCUGUCAUAGGGAACAUUAUGUCUCUAGCAACAGAACCGCACGUCUUUAUGAAGAAACAGAGUGAAAUCCAUGGGCAGAUUUUCAGUCUUGAUUUGGGAGGCUACUCAGCAGUGGUUCUGAAUGGAUAUGAUGCCAUCAGAGAAUGCCUGUACCAUCAGGGUGAUGUCUUUUCUGACCGGCCAUCUCUGCCUUUAUUUAUGAAAAUGACAAAAAUGGGAGGACUUCUGAAUGCUAAAUUUGGCAAUGGAUGGAUUGAACAUCGUCAACUGGCCAGCAACUCCUUUCGUUACUUUGGCAGUUUUCAAAAGCCCCUCGACCAGAAGAUCCUGGAAGAGUGCAUGUUUUUCGUGGAUGCCAUCGACGAACACAAAGGGAAACCCUUUAACCCAAAGCACCUGGUAACCAAUGCUGUGUCCAACAUCACCAACCUCAUCAUCUUCGGCGAGCGUUUCACGUACGACAACUGUGACUUCCAGCACAUGAUUGAGAUCUUCAGUGAGAAUGUGGAGCUGGCCGUCAGUGGCUGGGCCUUCCUUUACAACGCCUUCCCAUGGAUCGAGUACCUCCCCUUUGGAAAGCACCAGAAGCUGUUCUGCAACGCAGCCAAGGUCUAUAACUUCCUGGAGCAGCUCAUCAGGCGCUUCUCGAAGGGCAGAGUGUGCAACUUCCCGCGCCACUACAUCGAUGACUACCUGAACAAGUUGGACAAGAGUGCUGGCGACUUGGGCACCCCAUAUUCCAGGGAGAACCUAAUCUACUCUGUGGGCGAGCUCAUCAUCGCAGGCACGGAGACCACCACCAACACCCUACGCUGGGCUAUGCUCUACAUGGCCCUCUACCCCAACAUUCAAGAGAAGGUGCAUAAGGAGCUGGACAGUGUGCUGGGAAGUGAGAAGUCCCCCUCGCUGGCAGACAAAAAGAGGAUGCCCUAUGUGGAAGCGGUGCUACAUGAGGUCCUGCGCUUCUGUAACAUCGUGCCCCUGGGCAUCUUCCGCGCCACCACUCAGGACACACUGGUGAGCGGCUACAACAUCCCCAAAGGCACCAUGGUCAUCACCAACCUGUACUCUGUGCACUUUGAUGAGAAGUACUGGUGCGACCCUGGAACCUUCUCACCACAUCGCUUCCUGGACAGCAAUGGAAACUUUGUCCGACGGGAAGCUUUCCUACCCUUCUCUCUGGGGAAGCGUCACUGUUUGGGCGAGCAUCUGGCCAGGAUGGAGAUGUUCCUGUUCUUCACCACCAUGCUGCAGCGCUUCCACCUGCAGUUCCCCCCCGGCACGGUGCCAAGCCUCACCCCCAAACUGGGCAUGACACUGCAGCCGCUGCCUUACUCCAUCUGCGCCGUCCGCAGGCAGCAGUGACAGAUUCUCAAAAGGCACAGCCCGAAGGGGUGGGGGGGUUGGGGGUUUAGUCAGAACAGAACAGGGCUCUAGAGCUUGUACUCCUAACCUGUGUUUUACACAGAACUGCUAGAAUUCUAAACAUCAGCCGAUGGUUGUUUCUGAGAAAUUGCAUGUUUGCACAGCACCAUUUGCAAAAUCACAGGAUCACCAGAAAUGUUACUGGCGAGAUCCUGAAAGAUCAGGUGGAACUUCUCAGUAAGUUUAAUCGAGAAGAUAAGAAGUGUGAAUAUUUACACAAUACAUGCAGACAUAUACUAUGAAUUAACCUUGAAUUAGAAUUUACUUUUUUAUUUGUGUCCUUAUAAUCAAAUGUCUCAUCUUCCCUGCGGGAUUACAUCAAUGAUUGACAGGAUGGACCUCUAUGAUGGUUCACAGCCCUGUCUUCUCUCUCACAGCCUGCCUAGAUGAGAAAUGGGAACAUUACCCACUGGGCACAUACUGGUUGAAUCAUUGUUUCCAUGUCAUUUCAAUGAAAUUACAUUGAACCUACGUGGAAUAGACAUUGAAUUGAUGUCUGUUCCCAGUGGGUAGUUUCAGCUGUUUCUACAGCACAGUGAAACAAAGUAGACUAGCAGCCAGCUUUUCCUAGAAGGCUCUGGACAUGGUGUUUAGUCUGGAUCAGUGCCAUAUCAAGCAGUCUAAACUAACAAGGAACCCGAUCUCUAGGGAUUCUUCCAUGGAAAAGCCUUCUCUCAGAAAGCUACUGCAAUAUCUGUUGAAAAUGUCUUUGUGAUGCUGUCCUUUGUGAUUUAAGUAAAUUGAACUUUUGUCUAUUAUGGUCAUACUUUGUAAUAAGAACAAUGCCGUUUUGGUACUCCACUUACCUUUUUUACAAUGUUUAUGGUGUGCCUUUCCUAAGACAAAUUCAAGUUACAUAUGUUUUAUGCCGCUUGUUAUUUUUCUUCAACAUGCUGACAGUAUUUCUCUCAAUAGGUUAUAGGAAACAUUUCUGGAGAGGAAACAUAGACCUAUCUAAACUACAGUACAGGACUAGUCAGACAUGGACUUUUGCAGUGAGCCGGCAGAAUGUGUCCAGACUGGGUCGUCCAGGGAUACACAGACACUAUAAAUAAUCUUCAUGUGGUUGGAGCUGAGCCUGGGGGGGGCGUCACCCAUUUCCUUAAGUGACCUCUCACUUCUACUCAACAGACCAAAGGGCCAGAAAAAAACAUCCAAUGCUGUGUUGUGCAAACAUCAGACUUACUGGGUAGUAUUUCAUAUUAAAGUUAUGCUGAGGUAGACAGACUGCCAAUUCGCCUGGAUGAGCGCCUUGUUUGUGUGCAUUGAAACUGUAACCUUGCAGUCAUUUCAGCAAACAUCCGUGUUCCAACUGUGGUUGUUGGCAGGAGGAUCUAAACACUAAGGGCAAAGUUAUAGUACAGUUACAUUCAAGGGGAUUUUUAUGCCACACACACACACACACACACACACACACACACACACACACA